CACUACACUGGUCUACGCUCCACACACAGUCACACCAUCUUUGUUUGCAGAUACAGAUUUGUGAUGAUUUUUCUUCUGAAAUUCCUGAAAGUGUUUAUCACUCUGUCUCUGCUGAGCGGUCCUGCCUCCACUAUGGAGCGAAUCUCUGGAUUCAGUCUGUGGGGGAACGUGGCUGAUUUCAACAUCAACUGCAGCCACUGGAGCCUAAAGCCUCAGGUCUCCAUCCCGGCCCUGCAUGAGCUCACGGUCUGCUUCAACCUGAAGUUCAAGGUCAUGGCUUCCUUACCAUGGACCGCCUUCAUGUACCGUCACCCCGAGCUUAAGUAUCCUGAGCUGGGCUUGGAGGGAAAGUUGGGUCAUUUAGUGGUCUGGCUGUUUGGGACGAAGUGGACUGCCACUCUGGUCGACCUUCGUGUGUCAAACUGGUACUCACUGUGUCUGACCUGGACACAUACUAAAGACAGACCUGCCCUAUACAUCAAUGGCAACUCGGUGGACAUCAAGGCAGCUCACGAUGUGGAGACAACUCCUUCCAUUUCCCCCUCGUGCUGCAAACUGGCCCCCAAUGGAACGCUUACUCUGGGAGCGCCACACAUCCUGGUCAACGGGAAUAUCAGGAUUAUUCCAUUUACCGGUCUGUUGAUGAAAUUAUCUCUGUUUCGGCUAUGGGGGCGAGAACGCAGCAAACAGGAAGUGACAUCGCUUAAAUGUACGGAGGGAGACCUGGUGAAGUGGGAAGGGGGCGACUGGGACAUAACUGGGACCUGUGCUCCGCUCCCUGAUUCCAGCCUGGAGUGUGAGUGGUCCAUUUACGAAGUGAGACUGAUGUUUGUCAUCUUCCGUUACGAUGGGAACAACACUGAGCUCUACACAGUCAGAGAUAUCGCACGUCACUGGCUCAGAGACGUUCUGCCGAGCAGUAUCUAUUUAUACAAUGUGUCUGUGUUUGAAGUAUCCAGAUCCAGUACAGACGACGACAGCCUUGUAAAAACAGCACAUGAAGACGGGCGGGUGCGGUGGGCUCCCUCUAAUAACAGGUUCAACUGCCUGGUUCAUGUAACCAUUGUCCCCAGCUUGGAUGUGGCAGCUGUGAAAAAAGAGAUGCACACGGAGCUUGGGCGCCCUUACGAAGACCCCAGUGGUCUUCUACAGCUUCUGAUUGAUGCAGGGAGCAUACACACCACGCCUGUUGAAAGUUUGUCCGCUGCCACCAUCAGCCCCACUGAUGUGGUGACAGCGCCCUCUCCAGUCACAACCACAUCAUCCAUUACAGCCACUACCAGCACCACAAGUCACAUUACCAGUGCGGCAACAGCUACCACCUCCACAACAAGCCCAGCAAAUAUCUCUAAGCUGUAUUUCGAGGUUGAAGUGAAUAUUUCCAUAACAGGCGACUGUUACACAGAACAGACUCUUUCCACCUGGCUCAACUCCAGUCUACCUGAUGAAAUGAUGAUGGUGCUUGACCUCCAGCUGCUCCCCAAAACUGAAAGACAUGAUCCUAACCUGCAGUCAAACCUCUCUGCCUCUGAAGAAGUGUUCAUAUACAGAGUUUCGAGAGAGCGCUGUGUUUUCCAGGUUCAGGUCAUGAUGUCGUCAGACACACAGGAAAUGGAGAAGCAGAUAAGAUACCUGCUGCUGGUGCCUUAUAACAAUGGAUCCAUAUCCAUCUCCACAGCAACCGAGGACAUACAAAUCAGCCGCAUAUUGAUAUUUAACUGCAAUGCUGAAACCCACCAAACGAGGAAAGGCCUGUUUGGGUGGCUCGCCACUUCAGGAGGGGAAAAUGCAUCACUCCCUUGCCCAAAAAACCCGAGCUGGUACGCCACCCGACACUGUAAACUGUGCCUCAGCACCCACUGGAUGGUCCCAGACCUGGAAGACUGUUCUCUAGUGGUGGAAACCAUUCCUGAUCUGGACCAUGUCAAAGUGACUGCUGAGAACGCUCUGGACGUGGUGGAGAUGAUUCAAGGUUUACUAAAUGACCACACCACACUCAACUACCAGGAGCUGGUCACAGUUCUCAACAAGGUGGAGGACAUCGUCAACCUCAGUGUGGUCUCACCAAACAUGGGCCAAGCUCUAAUUAACAUCAUCUCGGACAUACUGGAAUCUGACAGCAACCUGAUACCUUUUACUAACACUAUCCUCAACAUCACAGAGGCAGUGGGAGACAGGAUGGUGGGCUACUCAGGCUCCUUCACCCUGGUUGCUCCGGCCAUUGCAAUCUCAGUGGUGGAUGUAGUUCCUGGACAGUUUAGCAGUUUGACUUUCGGAGUGUCGUCUGACCGCGCAGGCACAAAGCCUGAGAUUUUUAUCAACAGGUAUCCCUUCAACAGCACAGUGGCUUUCAUCUCCCUGCCAUCCGUCCUGCAGCACAGCUUCCCACAGAACAGCUUGAACCAGAGCCCACCGAGGGUUACGUUUCAGUUCUACGGCAUCCCGAUGCUCUUCAGGAGCAGCCAAAAGGGGCAGACCCUCAACACCUUUGUGGUGUCAGCCAGUGUGACCAAUGUCAGCUCGCCUAUUAAAGACCUAGAUCAAGAUGUCAAAGUGACACUCCAUCAUCUUAUACCCAAUACACUUUACAAAGACGUACAGUGUGUGUACUGGAACUUCAAUAAAAACAAUGGACAUGGAGGCUGGGAUGACUACGGUUGCAGAAAAUAUAACAGCAGCUCUGACUACACAACAUGCCUGUGUGAUCACCUCACACACUUCGGAGUUCUUCUGGAUGUCUCCAGGACUCAGGUGGACCCGGCUAAUGAGCAGAUCCUCACCAUUAUCACCUAUGUUGGUUGUGGAGUCUCAUCAUUGUUCCUGGGAAUUACUGUUCUCACUUACACAGCUUUCGAGAAGCUUCGUCGAGACUACCCUUCUCAGAUCCUCAUCAACCUCUCCCUGGCCCUGCUGGGCUUGAACCUGGUGUUUCUGGUCAACUCCUGGCUGUCCUCCUGGGGUCUACAUGGCCUUUGUGUGGCUAUAGCAUCCACACUGCACUACUUCCUCCUGGCGUCAUUUACCUGGAUGGGAUUAGAGGCUGUUAACAUGUAUUUUGCGCUCGUCAAAGUCUUCAACGUCUAUGUGCCCUCUUAUAUCCUAAAGUUCUGUGCUCUGGGAUGGGGGAUUCCUCUGGUGAUCUGCAUCCUGGUGCUCACUGUGAACAGGGAGGCCUACGGCAGCCACCUCUACACAGAUGCUCAGCCUGGCUUAAAGUCACUGGACAACUCAGACAACUUCUGUUGGCUCCAGGACGAUGUGACAUUUUAUGUGUCUGUGGUUGCCUAUGCUGUGCUGGUCUUUCUCUUCAACAUUGCGGUUUUUGUGGUGGUUCUGAUCCAGAUUCGCCACAUGCGAGUCAACAGCCCAGCUGGGACACACAGUGGACUGAUGCAUGACCUGAAAGGCGUUGCCAGUCUUACUUUGUUACUAGGACUAACAUGGACUGUUGGCUUCUUUACCUGGGGACCAGCCAGAAUAGUUCUGCUGUACCUUUUUUCUGGACUCAACAGCCUGCAAGGACUUUUCAUCUUCCUUUUCCACUGUCUGAUGAAGGAAAAUGUCAGGAAACAAUGGAGGAUUCACCUCUGCUUUGGACGUUUCCGGCUUGAUGAGUAUUCUGAGUGGAGCAACUCCGCAUCAGUUGGAGUCAUGGCCAAACCCAGAGCAAAUCCUCCAAGAGCAUCAGUGCCAUCGGUUCACUCAGUCAAGUCCAGCUCCACAGACAGCACGUCAGCUUCCUCCGACUCCAGCCACAGAGAGUCAUCCUGCAGGAGACCAAACCUGGGCUUUUUUGUGAAUUCCCUGGCUCUCCCUCGAGCCCAGAGUAGCCCAUCAGCACCAGGAGCUCUGCCUUCCCAGAGGUGGAUGAACCAGACACCUGGCUGGAGGAAUCACUUGCUCGGCCAGCAAGAACAAGGAUAAAACAUGCAUGACAUACAUAUGCAUUUGCCUACAGAGAAUGCAGACAUGCCAAUCAAAGAAACGGUCAUGAAAAGCUUUAAAACAGCAGCCUUAACACAUAGUUCCCUUCUAUACAAGCCACAGAGGUAUGUAAUCCAUGCAGCGGAGAGCCAAAUGUAACUGUGAGGCACCAUUAUAUUCCAGCUUCAUUAGAUUAUUUUAUCAGGCAAUUCUAUUGUUUUUGUUUUUGCUAAAUAUUGUAAAAGAGCCUAUAAUUAAGAAGACAUGAGUAGUUGCAUCGGUUCCAAGGAGGAGUUGGUUGCCAAGCAACUGGUGAGUGGAGCCAUGGUGACAAUGAACCAUGGUACCACACAGUUUGUAUGAAAAAAAUAAUAAAAUUUUAAAUUUAAGAUGA